GGCGAGAAUGAGUAACGCAGAAGACAGCGGGAGCAAGUGCUCGUCGGGCCCGAUUUCCAGCUUCACAAUCCAGUCUAUCUUGGGCACGCCGUCCGAUGCGCCGCGCUCCGGGACCAAGGAGCUCUCCAAGGGGCCGCCGCUGCCGCUGCCGCCGCCGCGGAGGCGCUCACUGUCCGUGUCAUCCGAGGAGGAGUGCAGCGGCGGGGAGGAUUCAGCAGACUGCUUCUGCUCCGACACGGGUCACAGCGAGCGCCAAGCGCACAACUUCUCAUGUUUAGGUCCCGCUAAAGGACUAAUGCCUGGGAGUGAGGGGCUGUCGCGGCGUGCGCACCUGCCGCAGCCUCUGCUGCAGGAUUACAAGGAGGAGCAGGAGAGGCCGUGCCGCCAGCUGUCACCGCUGUCCGAGGAGAGGCACGCGGACGGCGGCGCGGACAAGCAGGGCAACUCGGCCAAGAAGAAGACGCGCACGGUGUUCUCGCGGAGUCAGGUGUACCAGCUGGAGUCCACCUUCGACAUGAAGCGCUACCUGAGCAGCUCGGAGCGCGCGUGCUUGGCCUCCAGCCUGCAGCUGACGGAGACUCAGGUCAAGACGUGGUUUCAGAACCGGAGGAACAAAUGGAAACGGCAGCUCUCGGCGGAGCUGGAGGCGGCCAACAUGGCCCACGCGUCCGCACAGACACUCGUGGGGAUGCCGCUGGUUUUCAGAGAUAACUCCUUGCUGCGCGUUCCAGUUCCGCGCUCUAUCGCCUUUCCAACGCCCCUCUAUUACCCGGGGAGCAACCUGCCAGCGUUACCUUUAUACAACCUGUAUAACAAGAUUGAGUACUGACUGACUCUGUACACUGUCGUGUUCACCACUGCAGUCCACGCAUUACAAUACAAUACAACUCAUAUAACGUGUCUCCACAUCUUAACCCCGCUGUAUAUUAAAUUGUAUCACUUUAUUUGUUUGAGGAAACUAUUAUGCAGCAACUGUGCAUCACACGAGAAAGCAAUCAAGCUUCCCUAUGUAUGUAUAAAAAUACACCAUGUGUAUAAUUAUUAAUUAUAUAGAUUUUUUUUAAAACUAUUUUAUUUUUCUCGCCUUUUAACCGAUUAAAACAUUUGGAGUCUUCAGUCACACUCACUGUUUUUUAAACUCCACAAAUGCCUUGUGAAAGACUAUUUUACAGGGGCAACAAGUCGUUUGAUUUCAUCCGACAGGAAGGAACAAACCCGGUUCUUCCAUUCAAAAGGGGGAAA